UUGACAUGUUUGACAACGUGGACAUGCCUAUCGCCACGGACAACUAUCAUGGUCACUAUACCAUGGCCCCUUUUGUUUCUCCUUCUCUACGCUUUCUUGGAUAAGGAGCCUAUCAGAAUAAAAGAACCACCAAUCGGAAGUGGCGCCAUUCUACCAGAAGGAGACAACUUAGAGGAUAAACAAGGAAGUUCCUUUCGUGACAGAUUAUUUGUCGCUAAGGAAAUAUUUCCUUAUAUCUUAUUCCUGCUUAUUACGUACUUUUCAGAGUAUAUUUCGAAUCACGCCAUUAUAACAACGAUAGCAUUUCCAAACGCACCGUUCAAACCCCGGGACCAUUAUCCAUACUACAUACUUUCUUAUCAUAUCGGCAAGUUUAUGGGCCGUUCACACUUACUAUUAGUUUCCGCUGUUUGUCCUAAACUAGUUCAACACGUCAGAAUCAGACGGACUUGGAUUUUAGCUUUGAUAGAGUUCCUACACGGGGUUUUCUUCUUCCUCGCGUCUUGGUUUCGAUUUGUUCCGCGUGUGGAAAUCAUUAUUGCCUUAUGCGCGACCGAGGGUUUUACAGCAGGCUCGAUGUACUUGAACUCAGCUCACACUGUUUCAGAUAUGAUUACUGAUCCUGAAAGGAGGGAGUUCGCACUUUGUUUGCUGACUGUGGGUAACGCGUGUGGAAAGCUCAGCGCAGGGUUAUUAGGUCUAUUCCAAGAACCUUUUCUUAUGAAACACUGCAUGGAGGAUUUAAAGCUGGGGCAAUACUGUUUGACGAGACAUGCUCAU